ACGACAGCUACACUGGGCCAUGGUGGAAAGGAGCUGGGCGCCUCAAAACGAAGCGUGGUUACUACUUUGCCUCUUGCGUAAAGACUUGUGAAAGUUCAGCCAAUCGACUUUAGAAGCGGGCGAAGGCGUGGCGCGGGUGAGAAUAUGAAGAAGUAGAAUAUCAAGUAUCAGUCAGAGCUCAGUGCAGCUGUGGAGGAAGGCAACACGCGACUCAGACAACACACAGCAGCUCUGUCUCUCCCCGGACCUUUCUUCUCUGUGACAAGGCGAAGUGAAAGCAGCAAAAAUGUCCCAGCAGCACGCGGUAAACGGGGUCUUGCCCAAAGGUAAAGUGUUGACUCUGGAAACCAUGAACCCAAACGUGAAGAAAGUCGAGUACGCUGUCCGUGGACCCAUCGUGCAGAGAGCGGUGCAGCUGGAGAAGGAGCUCAGAGAGGGUGCCAAAAAGCCUUUCACAGAAGUCAUCAGGGCUAACAUUGGAGAUGCUCACGCGAUGGGUCAGAAGCCAAUUACAUUCUUGAGACAGGUCCUUGCUCUGUGCGCGUAUCCCGACCUCCUGGAAGACAAUAAAUUCCCAGAAGAUGCCAAACAGAGAGCGAGGCGGAUUCUUGCAGCGUGUGGGGGCCAAAGCAUAGGAGCGUACAGUGCCAGCCCGGGCAUCGAGUGCAUACGUCAGGAUGUGUCCCGUUACAUUGAGAAGAGAGAUGGAGGAAUCCCAUCCAACCCUGACAACAUCUACCUCUCCACUGGGGCCAGCGACGCCAUUGUGACCAUCCUGAAGCUGCUGAUUUGUGGGGAGGGUCGCGGACGUACCGGCGUGAUGAUCUCUAUCCCUCAGUACCCGCUUUACUCCGCGGCUCUGGCAGACUUGGGCGCAGUGCAGAUCAAUUAUUACCUGGAUGAAGACAAGUGCUGGAGUCUUGACGUGAACGAACUUAAGAGAGCCAUUAACGAGGCCAGACAGCACUGUAACCCACGCGUCCUCUGCAUCAUUAACCCUGGAAACCCCACAGGUCAAGUACAGAGUAGAGAGUGCAUUGAACAAGUCAUUCGGUUUGCCAAAGAAGAGAACCUUUUCCUUAUGGCCGAUGAGGUCUACCAGGACAAUGUGUACGCAGAUGGUUGCAAAUUCCACUCUUUUAAAAAGGUAUUAUUUGAGAUGGGACCUGAAUACUCGAGUACUGUGGAGUUGGCCUCGUUUCAUUCCACCUCCAAAUGUUACAUGGGCGAGUGCGGGUUUAGGGGAGGAUACAUGGAGGUUAUAAAUAUGGACCCUGAUGUCAAGACCCAGCUCACAAAACUAGUGUCAGUCCGAUUGUGCCCCCCAGUCCCUGGACAGGCUCUUCUGGACCUGGUGGUUAACCCUCCACAGCCCGACGAACCCUCAUACAACACUUUUAUCAAGGAGCGGACAGCGGUGUUAGCAGCCCUAGCAGAAAAAGCCAGAAUGACUGAAGAAAUGUUCAAUACUAUUCCAGGAUUUACCUGUAACCCUGUACAGGGGGCUAUGUACACCUUCCCACGUAUCUCACUACCCGCAAAGGCCAUUGACAAGGCCAAGGAAGAGGGUAAGGUGCCGGACAUGUAUUACUGUAUGAGGCUGUUGGAGGAGGAGGGAAUCUGCCUUGUGCCUGGGAGCGGCUUUGGACAAAGAGACGGAACGUACCACUUCAGGAUGACCAUUCUGCCACCUGCCGAGAAGCUCAAGAUUGUGCUUGAUAAGAUAAAAAACUUUCAUAUUCGGUUCACAGAAGAAUUCUCCUAAUCCAGAGUCCUCCAACCUCAUGUCUGCAGUUUCAAAAUCACACCGGUCAAGUGCCUUCAAAUGACACUGUGGUGUCCCUCUGCCUUCGAUCUAAGUAUUAUGGUUUUCUUAGAACGGUUUCCAAUAAUGACAUUUCCUUCAAGCAUUUGAUGCAUCAAAUGUAAAAGUCACAUUAUGCACAUAUGGAGGUCAUAGAAAACAUUUUUAUUGUAGAUAAGCUGCUGUUUAUACAGCCAAGUGAUGAACAAGAAUGAACUGAGUUCAGUUGACUGUAAGUGCACAGUAAGACUUUAGGAUACCAGUGUUAUGCUAACAUUAAUAAAACUGUUAGAGU